AUGCAUUCAUUUAUUUAGAGAAGAUAUAUAUAUAUCUUAAGAUUAAGAAGAAGAUCAAAAAAUAAAGCAAUAAAUAAUAAAAUUUGUGAACAAAAGUUCAAUAAUUAAAUAAAAUUAAAAGAAAAAGAAAAGAAAUAUAAUACAAAUCUUUAUAUAAUGAGUAAAGCAUAAAGUUCAUAUAAACCUUUAUCUGAAGAAGCCACUAAAUAAGUUCUCAACAACGCCAAUCAACUUCUUGAUAGAGUCAGAAGAAACUUAAAAACCGGCGAAGCAAUUAAGAUUUCCAACGAAGAAUAUUGCAAGUUGCAAAGCGAAAUCCGUAACACAGAUCAAUUCAACCUCAUUGGAAACUGGCAUAAGGAAUAGAUUUUAAAUUAUGUUAACAGCAUUAAGAUUGAUUUAGAUUCAAAGACAAAUGUCCCUGAAGAAGAGUACAUCAAGCUUAUUUCCAAGCAUUAUUACGACUUUUAGAUCUUAGUUAUGUGGAUUCAAAAGUUUUUGAUGAGUCAUGAAACUUUCUACUUUAAGGCUUAGUUAUAAACAACUUGUUUCAAGAAAAGCUUCGAAUUUUUCCGUGACGAAUAUUUCUUAGGUUUAAAGGACAGAUUAAUUGAAAAGGUCUUCAAGUUCGUCCAAAAGGCAAGACAAAACGUUGAUGUCCCCAAGGAAGAACUGAAAAGAGUUGUAUAAAUUUAUGAUGAUCAAGAUUUCGGUAACGAUAUCAGAAUCGAAGAAGAUAGACAAAGUCACAAGUUGCGUGUCAUCAGUGAUUCUUCUUCCAACAAGCAAUCUAAUAAUUAUGUCGAUUUGUUCGAAAAGCCUUAUUUAGUAGAGAUUGAAAAGCAUUUCCAAAAGCAAGCAUCUUUAUGGACUGAUAAGACCACUCCUGAAUAUGUUUAGGAAGCCCUUAUCGCCUUGAAUAAGGAAGAAUAAUUGUGCUAGGAUUACUAUCCUCGUUCAAUGAACCCAAUCAACCAAACAAUUAACGGAAUUAUUAUUAAAGAUCAGACUCAAUACUUAUUAGAACAUAGCACUGGUAUUGAAAAUAUGUUAAAGAAUGGCAAGGAUAAUGAAAUGAAAGAUUUAUACAAACUCCUCUGCAGAGUUAAAGAAUCCCUCGCCUAACUUGGUCAAAAGGUCAGAACAUACUAUCAAAGCUGCAUCAGUCAAAAAUGCAAAGAUGCCAAGGAAAAGAUCUCUGCCUUCAAGCCUGACAAAACAAAAAAUAUCAGAGACUUUACCAAGGAAACUGCCAUUGAAUGGGUUAAGGGAUUAAUUGAAUUCAAAAUCUUUGUUGAUAACCAAAUCUCAACUCUCUUCUCCAACGAUUUAGAAUUAUAAAAAGCUAGAGACAAUGCUUUCUAAAUUUCUCUCAGAGAAUUCAAGGAGUCUCCUCACUUCUUAUCUCAAUAUUGUGAUGACUUAAUGAAACAAUAAUUGACUGAUCACGAAUCAAACGAUAGAUAAAUUGAAGUUAAUGCAAUUUUCGAUUAUAUGAACACAUCCAGAGAUGAAUUCUUACUCCAUUAUCAACAAGCUUUGUGCAGACGUUUGAUCGGUUUUACCUCAAAGAGUAUGGCUGCUGAAAAGCAAAUUGUUACUAAAUUCAAGAACUCCGUAGGUGCUCUCCCUACCUUAAAUAGAUUAUAAAAUAUGUUAACUGAUGUUGAAACCAAUGAAUAGUACAAUAAGGAAAAAGUCUAAAAUGACAUCCUUAAAAUUUAUGUUCUCAACUCAGUUGCUUGGCCUCUUAAGAGAAAUGAAUUGGAAAAGAUUAUCUUCCCAUCCUCUUUUGCUGGCAUUAUUGAUUAAUUCACUAAAUAAUAUAACCAAACUUACAAACAAAGAAAAAUUUUCUGGUUAUUCAACGAAGGUUCUGCUGAAAUCAACUUCACAAGUGCUAAUAAGAAGACCUUCGCUGGUAAAUAUAUCUUAAGAACCACUUCCUAUUAAAUGCUUAUCUUGAUGAAGAUGAACGAAAAGGCCUCCAUCACCAUCCAAGAUUUAAUGGACUAAACUGGUAUUAACAAAGACUCCUUUGAUAAUAAUCUUAAAUAAUUAAUUAAACUUAAAAUCUUAUCUUGUGCUGAAGAAGAUAAAUACACUGAAAGCUCCACUGUUCAAGUAAAUGCCUAAUUCGAUUUCCCUAAGAAGGUCGUUCCUUGUCUCCCUCGUGCUCCUACUUCUGGUCCUGGUGCUAACAAUCCUAACAUCUAGGCUAUUGUAGAAUAAGAAAGAACUUACAUCAUAAAGGCUUAUUUGGUAAGAAUCAUGAAGGGCAGAAAAGUUAUGGCUCACAACGAUUUAAUUAAAGAAUGUGUUGAACUUAUUAAAACAUGUGCUCGUACUUUCGAGCCUAGUUUCCCUCAUAUCAGAAAAUGCACUGAAAGUUUAAUAGAAGAAGAAUACAUAAAGCGUUAAGAAAACGAUUACAAUAAAUAUGAAUAUAUCCCUUGA